AUGGCUACCAAAGACGCGACGACGCGCACGCGCAUCGAGAGCGUCAAAGCAGACUUACGGUCUACCUCGACGUGUUCGACCACGACAGCAGAUAUACUCCAGGAGCUGCUCUCUCGGAAAAAUGACGUAGUAACAGAGAAGGGGAACCUUAAAUCAAGAGAUAGGGCUACAGCGCGAAGAAGAGCGGGUACUACAACCAAUGCAGCGUCUGUGGAUGCGCCGAAACAGUCUUCCACCACACUUCAGCUGCGAGAGAAAUAUAUACUAGCAACCGAGGUUGCCAAUGCUACGCUGAAGAACCUCGCCGAUGCGCUGAAAAACCCUCUCCUGCACCAAGUCAUACGGCCCUCGAAGGGAAAGCCUCUGAUCGAAGAUGCGCGGAAGCCGGCAAGACCGCGAGCGGGGCACAGGAAGACUUCUUCGAUAUCACAGAAACCGCUGAAGGAAAGAUCUGUUAGCCAGGCCAACAAUUCGCCCCUGAAGCGCGCACCCAGACGGUCCUCAUCGUUCUCUGCAAUACUCGUCUCAGGGCCAGACCCAGGCCUAAUUGCGACCGCCGAAUGCGCUCGGAUAGCAUUUGGAUAUCUUGGCACACCGGAAGCUUCCAAGGUGUUGGGAAAGGAUUCAAAGGACCUGCAGUAUGAGAAUGGCGUGCUCGUGCUAAUUGGAAAGCUGGUAGCGCUGGGAUUGGACACGCUCGCUAUCAAGGAAAUGAGAACACUGAAGAGAAGAUUGGAUACAUAUCUGGGAAAUGGCGCUAAAAAGCCUGUCCCAAAAGCAAGUGCUCCAUUAAACGCAGCUGGAGAGAAGGAGAGCCUGGCAACACUUCUCGACUUUGCGAUAGUUGAGCCAAACAGUCCAGCCAUCGCACUUAUCGGCACAUUCCAAAUCUACACGUUACGCAUAAUCGCGAAGCUUAGGAGGCCUCACAUUGUUGAAGCUGCUCUGGAGCACCUACGCUGGACGAAUCCUACAUCACCCGCCAACUUGAUUGAGACUAUAGCAAGUAUGCCGACCGGAAAGAUGAAGGCAGCAAGACAGCUCGAGUCUCUUGCCCAAACAAUACUUUCUAUAUGCCCAAGCAUAUCAAGCGCCGAUGACAAAAGCCCAUUGCAGCCGUCCCCAGAAGUCGUGCUCCAACUCCAGCAACUGGCAUUCGCGAUUAAGAAGAAGUGGUGGGGCUUGGCAAAUCACAAGGGAAAUGAAGAGGCCGAGCUUCUAGAGCCUUUUGCAAAAUGCGUGACUGCAUUUGUGAGGAGAUCUCAGAUACCAGCCAUAAAACAGUAUCGCCUGGUAGAGUCUUUGUAUACCGAUCUGUUCAAGAAACAGUCCACACAGGAUACAUCACAUACAGGGCCCAAUGCAGCACUUGGAAAGACUCUUUGCUCACUGGCUCAAGCAGCUGGUUUACCGGACGAGGCGCUUCGAUGGUUGGGACCUGCAGAGCUAUCGACGCCAAACUCCAACGCAUCUGCAGUAAAACAGGCUAUACGCCAUGUACGUGUGGCAGCAGUCUCUCUGGAAGCAUACGUGAAAGGUGAUAAGACAAUUGACGUUCAGAAGCCGAUCGCUAGCGCACUAGAUGCUUUAACAGGCAGCUUAGGUGGUUCUACAGCUGAUCUUGAGUCGCUGUUUAUGGAAGUGAAUGCUUUUAGACGUAUAGCUACACGCCUACUAAUGAGCCAACUGGCAUCGCAAGACGAAGACAACGCCCACAGCUUGGUCGGGGAGUUGGCAGUUUCAAUCGUGGGAGCAAGCAUAUAUUUCACAUCUAGAUUUAUUGGUUCAGGCCUUCACUCUGAAGCUGAUACGAAAGCCACGCAACGGUACGAGGGACGAAUUGACCUGGCUUGGAAAUUUUUAAAGAGCACCAUCGACUCUGUCUUGGUUUGCUGCAAGCAAACUGUGGCAACGGAAGAGCAAUGGCAAGAUUUGGAUCUGAUUCUGCAAGAGUGUCGUCAUCUCUUGCACCGGUUUGAGGAAGAGUUUGGUCGCAGGGAUGAUUCUAAUCCGGAAUCUACUAAGCUCAUAUCCGCAUCCGCCCUGAAGCUUUCAAAUGCUUACUGGGCGCUACACAUCCAGUUACGCAAGGCAGAUUUCGACGCCAAGUACUUCAUACAGGCUAUGCAACACUCGAUAUCAAUUGCUCAAUCACAGUCACCAACAGGAGCAGAUACGGGCCAUCUUCCAAUAAAACUAGAACGUCUGGGAGAAGCUCAGGAGAGCCUGAACAACGCCAAAGGCUCCCGGAAAGCUUUCGGACAAUGCAUCAAGAUUCACCUCAGCACAAUUACUAUUCAGACCCUCUCUGACUUGACCGCCAAGUAUCCGCUACAAACAGCUUUCGAUGCCAACGGGCCACUGAGCAAUCUUGUCAGAGCCUUGAAGGCACAUCACCGUUUGUUCCUCAAGUUCGGUAUUCAGGACACUGACGAAAUGGCUUUUUACGAUGACUGUGAGUUACCGCCUGGAGUCAGAGGCGCUUUGCUGGAAUGGCAACUGGGAUCCUAUUUGCGAACGCUUUCUCGGAAUCGACAGUGGGACCCAGCACUUGACGAAUCAAUCGUAACCCUAGCGAAGCGGCUACAGGAGCUGUAUACCCCUAAGAGAUUUCCGAUUCGACACAUUAGACUGGCAAUAUUACUCCUUGAGCUGUCUCAAACAUUCCAAAAGAUUGAACCGCCAGUUCUGGGAGGUCAGAGUGGUCAAGCAGUAGGUUCUGAAGACGAGGGGCUUGCGCGCUAUGAGAAACAUCUACAAGCACUUUGGGAUCUGAAGACGUCGAUGCAGCAAUCUGGUCCACCGCCCACAUCGACGAUAAAGCAAUGUUUCACUUUGUGGGAAUCUAUUGCAACUACAGCAUCAUCAUAUAAUUCUUUGGUGGAGCGAAUCGACAAUGUGGAGGAGUGGCUACAGGACAUUGAGGCCUGUGUCAAGUAUCUGAACGCAAAAGGUGAAGAGUACCUGGCGCUACCAAUUCUUCAUCUGCGCAUUCGAGUGCUGAAUUUGCAGCAAAGCUCAGACUUUUCAGGCCUUGUCAAUGCUCUAUGUGACCUAGCCUUACAGUUUCUCCGUCUUGGGUACACUGGGAAGGCUGGCCUGUCUUUCGCCAAGGCUGAACACCUGAUGGAAAAGGCUUCAACUGAGUCCAAGCUAGGUUGGUAUAUCGGACACGCUGAGUAUCUGCUUGCAAUCGGUAAUAGUGACAAAUGUUCUGCCUCUAUGUCUACGGCUCAGUCUAUUGCACUCGCAGAUAGCCAGUUUAUGGGUCUAGCCAAAUCCACUACAACUCUAUCUGGUCGCUCCCUACUUGCGGCUGCUGCUGGGUCCUACAAAGAAGCUGCUCAGCAUGCAAAGCAUUGCGUCACACUUCUUCGACGCAUCUGGGCGGCACUGGAGUCACGGGCUAAUACAAAGAAGAACGUGUCCGGGGUAGCCUCUGGAACUGACAUGCAUGGCAUGGAUAAUAGCACCUUCGACCCGCUACGCUCGAUGCGUAGUGAACAAGGCGUUCCAAUUGUUAUGUCUGUCACCCACGAAGCCCUCAGCGGAUCCGAAUUUUGGUCGCUAGUUCCUUCGCUGUAUAGGGGAUUGAUGCAACACUCUCAGAUCUAUGCUCAUCACGGACUGCUGCAAGAGGCAAUCUACGUUGCAGAGCAAGCGGAAAAGGUCGCAACGGCGACGAACUCUCCAACGCUAAUGAUUGAUAAUGCAAGCUGGCGUGCGGACUGCUGGGCUCAAAGCGGUAGACACGAUAAGGCCGAAGCAAUCCUUGCUGCGUUCGACUCCAUGUCGACGCGCAAUUGCUUGUCAACCGCAGGCUAUCACUCUGCUUUAGCCCGGGUUCAUCACUGCGGCGGAGAAUAUCAAGAAGAGAUUGCGUCUUAUGAAGCCCUCGAGCGACUCCUCAAUGAGCUUACUGCGCCAUCGCAUAUCAGCACUUUAGAGAGCUUUUCACCUUCAAUUGACGCGCUUGCAGAGCAGAUCGGUGAAAUUACUCUUGACGCGCCAGGACCGUCUCGCGCAACAUCGGCUGCGGCGACAAGAGGUCGCAAAAUAGCCACAAAACCCGCGCCCCGUGCUGCAUCAAAGUCUGCCCCAGCCACACGUACGAAAGCAGCUAAAGCAGCUCUGGCGAAGGCUCCUGUGAAAUCAAGACGCCCUGUUGCUGCGACGACACCAUUGAAGGCAUCAAAUAUAGCUGAGCAAUGUCACACGUUGUGCGUCCUCAAGGCCAGUAUAUUGGAUAGAAAAGUGCUUGCGAGCAUCCUCGAAGACGAUUUGAGCACUGCUAUGCGUCUACUUGGAGAGGCCGAAGAGCUUCAGGCCGCUAUAGGCCAAGAGAUCUCUCACAUGUGGGCCACUUUCAAGACAAGGUUCGCUCAGAGCGUACAACAAAUCGCGGAGGAUAUCACUGCCAACACCUUGCCUGAGUCAACUAUCGCGCUCCCAGCCAUUGGUAUGAAAGAUCGCAGACCAUCUGAUGGUGUUGGUACGAAAAGACCGGCCGCCACCGCAUCUACCGUGGCUAAAGGCGCACGAGCAAAGAAGCAAGCCAAAGGCAACUUUAUCGACACACUACGGGAUGCCCGCGAUCGUCUGAUUGAAGCGCAUGGACUGUGCGCCUCCAAUGGAUCAAAUCAUCUGUUUCAACAAAUUUCGAUGGCGCUGGGUCACAUCACGGUCUUGAUGUCGGCAGUCUCGCUAACUGAGUUGCACGGUUCACUGCACCCGUUGUAUGCAGCAUACAUGAGUGAAAUCCCCAAAUGUAACUCACUACGGCUGGUGCAGAACGUGGUCGAUGCCGAGAAAGUACAAUUGUCAAGGGAAGAUUGCCUGCAAUGGCCAGAUUCAGUCACUUCACACUUCGCACUCUCUUCUGUACCGGAUUUCCAGAAGGAGUACGUUGACAUUAUACCGGAGACUUGGACCGCAAUCUCUUUGGGGCUGAACGAGAGUCGAGAUGAGUUGUACAUUACCAGAUUUGAAAGUGGCAUGUCGCCCUUUGUUCUUCGUUUACCGCUUGCCCGUCACGCAUCCCGGGAGAUGGACGAAGAAGAGUUCUCUUUCGAAGACGGCAAGAGAGAUUUCGAUGAGAUAAUCGAGUUGAGCGACUUCAGUACACGCACCGCGAAAGACAUGACUUCUAGGGAAGCCCGGCAACAAUGGUGGACUGAACGUGAAGCACUGGACACCAGACUGCAUGAGCUGCUCGUCAACAUGGAAAAUAUUUGGUUGGGUGGAUUCAAAGGUGUCUUUUCGCAACACGAAAGGCAAACAUCGCUCCUCGCACGAUUUAGGAAAUCACUGGAAGGCAUCUUGGACAAACACUUGCCAUCGCGCAGCAAGAAGAGUCAGCAAAAGCGGCCCGUACUCGAUGCACGAGUUCUCGAACUGUUCAUCGGCCUUGGUGACGCUACCAAUGAUGAGCUUGAUCUCGAUGAAGCGCUCAUUGAUCUCAUCUACUUUGUCGUCGACAUUCUUCAGUUCAACGGCGAGCGCAAUGCGUAUGACGAAAUUGACUUUGAUGCCAUGGUUGUAGAGACCCAUGAAGCACUGCGCGCGUAUCACAGCGCUGCUCAUAAGACGAAGAAUACCGCCCGCCACACAGUUCUCAUACUGGACAAGAAUUUACAUGGGUUUCCCUGGGAGUCAUUACCUUGCCUGGAACAGCUAUCCAUAUCUCGACUUCCGUCACUGGCUGCCCUUCGCGAGCGGUUGCUUGUCGCGAGAUCUUCACGCACCAAUGAGCAUGCCGCUCCAGGACACUAUAUACGCGCGACUUCAGAAGGCACGAGCAUUUUGAAUCCAUCUGGUGAUCUAGCACAUACCACGAAAACCAUCAAGCCGCGACUCGAAGAGCUUCAAGGAUCCUGGAAUCACAUCGCUAAUCGUCCACCUACCGAGAGGGAGUUUGAAUCGUCUCUCCGCGACAAAGACCUUGUACUAUAUUUUGGUCACGGAAGCGGUGCACAAUACAUCAAGUCAAAGUCUGUGCGCCGAUUGUACCCUGGUGAGCAAGAUAAUGCAAAUGCGCGGCCCGGAUGUGCUACCACCUUACUCUUCGGGUGUUCGUCUGUGCACCUCACGGAGAACGGUAUAUAUGAACCUUCCGGGAUGCUAGCAUCCUAUCUCACUGCUGGUGCACCUGCAGUGGUUGGCAUGUUAUGGGAUGUCACGGACAAGGACUGCGAUCGCUUCGCUGUUAAGGCUGGAGAGCUCUGGGGGCUGUGGCCUGAGCCACAAGAAGAUAUUGUUGUCCGCAAAACACCUGCGAAGACGCCUGGAAAGAAGACGGCCAAGGGCAAAGGGAGAGUGGCGCAGCUCGCACGGGAGAUUGAACCUACGAAGAGUGCAAAGAAAGGCAGGAAUGCCAAAACUACGGAUGGUACUGAAAUGCAAGUCGACUGCGAUCGACGCAGAGGUACAGGCUUAGAUGAAGCUGUCAGAGACGCCAGACAAGUUUGCGUCCUACGAUACUUGAAUGGUGCUGCUGCGGUCGUGUAUGGGAUCCCGGUAUAUUUGGAGUAG